UGUCAGCAGGAAGACGGUACCCCACCCCUCACGUCCAGAUCCACUGGUGGGGAAUCUGAAAAGGAGAUGUAAAUGGAAAAGGCAACGGUCCAGUAGCAGAGGUGAAACAGAAAUGGUGGGAUUUCAAAAGGAGGGAUUCUUAAAGAACAGCACAUCUCAGGGGAGGGAUCAACUGCCAGUCCAAGUGGCAGAUGUCACUGGGGAACAAGAUGGGGAGGUUCCUGGAUCCUCGGGGCAAGCUGGCCGUCUCCGAGGGAGCUCGCCGUCCACGCCGGCUGAAGAACAGGAAUCCUCGGUGCCUGCCUCUGACGAAGACUCACCGGCCAGGACCACAGAGAGCUGGCAGUGGCCGUUGUCCUCGUCUGAAACGCACAGCAACGUUGGGGAGGAUUUUGAGGGAUUUCAAACGCCAGCGCGGACUCCGGAGUGUACCAUGGACAUACAGUCUCCCGGGGAUCAGUCACUCAGUAGGACUCCUCAGUUUGAAAGUGACUCUCCUGAGGAGGAGGGCAAUGAUGAGAUGAAUGAAGAGCACCGCGGUGUUGAGCCUGUCCCUAGGGAUCGGGGUUGGAGAGGGCAGCCCCAGCUAACAGAGGGAGAGAAGCUGUUGAUGGAAACCAACAGUAGGAUUGUGCAGCUGCUGGAAAAUAUCAAGAGGGAGCAUGCACAGUCCAUGGGUCUCAUGUCACAGUCCAUGGGCCGCAUGGAGCUGCAGCUGGGCAUUGUGGCUACCUCCACAAGAGCCAUCCAUAACUACCUGUCAGAGAUUUUAGCUUUUCUCAAGCAGCCACGGACGCAGGUCCUUGAAACACGCAUCUCCCAAAGAGCCACCCCCCAUGUCGAGUUAACCUGUGCCUCGACAUGGACUGGUGAGGACGCAGUGGCAGCCUCCACUGUGUGCUUACCAGGGGCCGAAGGGACGAGCGACUCUCGAGAACCGCCGCAGGCCACGCUGCCUUGUCGCAGUGGCCGGCUGCAGAGAGCCAUAACCGAGAGGGCCUCGUUGCCCAUGCCUACACGCCAGGCAAAAGGGGGAGGGAAGAAAAAAUAACCACACCGUAGGAUUUUUAGGGUUUUUUUUAAUGUGCCUGUCCUUUUAAUUCUUAGCCAUAAGGCCAUCAGUGGCAGAUUUCAACCAUUUCCUACAUUGGCUAACAUUGUAUUCUGGCUGACUAGAUUAGUCUAACAUUUUGUAGUUUAUAUUUGCACUGUUAACAAUGUGUGCUGCUGGUAUUUGAAGAACAUUUGCCUCUGUUCUUUCACUUUAACUUCAUACAAGCAUUUUUUUACUCUGUGCCAGGCAUUCAUUGCUUUUCUUACAAAUACAAGUCAUUUCUUGAGGCAGCUGUUUUUUGAGUUUUCUUUCUCCAUUAUCCCAUCCCCUCUGAGCAAGCAUUCUGGAGUUGGUGGUAAGUAUACAGGUCUUGGCAAUACUCGCCUCCAAAACUGUGUUCGAUCAGUCUUUGCCUGGUGUUUCUGGCAUGCCAGCCUGAGGUGUUGGGGUUAGCCUGUACUGGAUCAUGAUCAUUCUUAUCCUCUGUGGGUCUGACAAGCUCACUUUCUAAGACCCUCGGUGGAGCUAAUCCACGUGUCUUGGCUAUGUCUUAUUAGAAGUAAUGUUGCCAGGAUCAUACCUCAUAUUUAUCUUUUGGGGCUUGUACAGUAAUGUGCCACCAGAUCUAUCUAGGUACCUGACUCUCAUUUUCAAAGUUCCUUUUACGAUGGAUCUGGUGGUUGGAUGGGCAGCAUUAUUUUUCCUCUGAGAGAGUCUGGGAUUUGAAACAGGAGUCACUAAGCAAUGUGUUCUUGGGGAUAAGAGCCAUCUCCUUCACCAAAUCUACUGGGAGGAGACUGUCCCCUGUAAUUAUCACAGAUAUUAAUUAUUUAAGAAAAUGAAAAGAAAAAAAGAAAAAGAAAAAAAAAACUUGCCUAGCAGCCAGACCUCUUGAGAAUGUAAAUGUCAUGACAUGCUGUUGGGUAUUGUGCUACUAUGUCUGUGAUUAAGAGUUUUUCAUCAGAAAUGACCUACGUGCUGAUAAAAUACAACUACUUUCUGUGCCUUUAGGCCAUCUAAUUUCCUGAGGGCUGGCACCCUGAGUAGAACAUGGGUGCAAUUGGUAACCCACAGGGCAGAUGGAAAUGCACUUUGCAAUAAAUUAUUUUAUAUCUGUUGGUGCUGCCUCUCUCGGGGGAAUUUAAUAUAGUGGCACUCAAAUUGCUAUAUGCAUGCAGAGGCAUCAGACUGGCUUAUCCAUGUGGUAUCCCUGACAGUUCUCUGGAAGGAUGCUGUUACCAGGAGUCCCUUGAGCGUGGUAACUAAUGAUCACAGGUGUAGCAUGGCUCCUGUGUUUGACUCUCCACAUAUCUUUGUAACAUUUUGUAAAGAUUUAGAGGAGUUUAUAUGGCGAAGCAGUGAUGAAUUCCUUCUUUGGCAAAUACUAGAAAAUAACUGUAGGCCUAAAAAUCCUCUUCUGUGAAUACAGCUGAACGGUGCUCUCUCUGUCCAGUGAGCCAUAGCCUCUUCUUUCUCGUCUUUCUCUGAGACUGAAGUUAAUCAAAAUAAAGCACAUACAACAUUUUGUUAUUCUACCAGUCAGCCACAGAUUGCUCCCUUAUAAGUGUGUGUGCGUGCGUGCUUGUGGCUGUACAUUGUAAAAUGAAUGGUUUAAUGAUGAAAUGCAGCUGGCAUGGCCAACCUCCAGUGUAGGCUCUUUGCAGUAGAGAAUAUUUCUUCCCUUCCACCUACAUCCAGCUGCGUUCCCUCUGAGACUACCAUUGGAGGCGUUCUUCUUCAGUCACACUGCUGACACACUUUACACAAGGUGCAAAUUUUUGUACCUCUUCCAUGGCUUUUUUAUACUUCUUUUUGUUAAAACUGUUUGUAAAUGUAUCCUCAGAGAAUUUCCAAUACAAGCUUGUAAGAUUCCCCUCUCAUUGAUACAAGAAGCGCAUGCUGUCGAAUAUUUAAGAUCACAAGAAGGAGAUGUGGGAGAGAAGCCCGUUAGUGAGCUUUGAGAAAUUAGUCCAGUAUGUGCGGCCUUCUGAACACUUGUUUCUGGUGCAUACGUGGUUUGCACACUGGUACUGUGAAUAUGAACAGCUAAGCUAAAGGCAAAGACAAGUGGAAGUUUGUCCCAAUAUGCUUACAUCUUAUUUCUUUGGGAUAAGUUUGAACAAAGCUGAAUAUAAAUCAGCCAAUUAAUUUUCUUGGCCUAAUUAAUGUGUGUCUGAUAAUACAGUGAGAAUGUUUUUAUUUUACGUAGUAUUUUCACUUCAAAAGUGUGGUGCAGUAGUGUGGUCAGAUGCUAAGUAAGAUUUUGAUGUACUCUGCAGGACCCGCCAUGUAGCUGCUGCCAUUUAGAAUAAAUUGCAUUCCACUGUAGUUUUGAAAACACACCCUCUGCUCUACCUUUGCGUUCGGAUCAAAGACAGCAGAGAAAAUCAAAGACAUCUGCUGCGCAGAUGCAGUAGUGCUGCUGUUGGAAAAACUGCCUGAGGAACACCUAAAGAGUUCCUUGCAAAGCAGCUUAAGCUGUCACCUGAUCUCUCCCGUUGCUCACUGCUUUAGCUAGAUGUGGAAAGACCCAAAACCACUUGAAUGGGAGCAGUUAUAGGGUGAGAGUGACUAAGAACAUGUCCACAGGCAAGAAACCUGCAAUAAACUCACACAGAAUAAAGUUAUUCCAGCUGGAAGUAGUAGGUGGUAUUAAUAAUUGGUACCAACUGAUAUUUUGGUCAGAUCUUAAAUUAAGAUCUGACUUAUAGUGUUGUCUAGCAAAAUCAGUGCAGUUGGAGAGUAUGUAUGUUUCAUCCCCAAACAAAUAUUUUCAUGCUUUUCAAGUGUCUGUCAUAGCCUCAUCACUCUUUCCCUGUAGCUUUUUGUUGUCUGAAUGGGUAUAUGGUUACAUGUGUCUGUUAAAAUAAAAGGGGAUCCUUGUUCUUACAUGGUAUAUUUAUAUUUCUUAUUUACAGAUUUUGAGUACCUAAUGCCUCAUUUUCACAAACUUCCUUCUCUCUCAAUCCCAAAGACCAGUUUUUAGGCCUUCUGGGAUGAUAAAAAAGGGUGGGAAAGACUUAACGUGAAAUUUCUCCACCCUUGAAGCUCUUGGUGAUAGAUCCCCUAAGUACAGUUUUACGGUCUAGCCAUAUUUUUGUUGUAUAGGUCAAAUGUUAAUGGUGACACUGUUGCUUUAUGAUGCCUUUUGCUGAGCAGAAGUGCAGAUAUUUUUCCUUCAGAAGGUCAAAGUUUGUAUUACAAAAUCUUAUGAAAUGUGACUUGAAGUUUAUUUUAUUUUUGAAUACAUGUGAUGGUUUUAAGAUUUUUUUUCUUCCUUUCACCAAAUGAUUUUAAACACUCAGAAAUAAAGCAGACCAAUGAAAAAAAAAAAAAAAAAAGUCAAACGAUAACUUCAAUUGAAUAGAAACAGCAACAUCACACUUGUGAGAAAGUUUUCAACAGUGUUCUGAUUCUCCCUAAUCUUUCCGUUCCUGCCUGCUCCCUGACCCUCUGUGACACUAAAAUAACCACUCCUAGGACAACCUGCUUUCUAACCAGAGGGCUAAAAGUUCUUCCCUCUCUUCUUCUCCUGCUUAAAAUGUCAUCCUUGCAUCUGCCAGAUCUACUGUUUAGAGGGACCAAAAACUUUUUUCCUCCUGCCUUAUUCCCAUCCAUAUCCAUAUCCAGGGCCCUGAGUAUGCUGCUCUCCAGUGAGAGGUAAAGCUUAAAUCCCUUAAUCUGAUGCUUUGCAGACUAGCAUCAUCUGUAGACUGCCAAAAGCCUGCUUUUUUUUUUCAGUCUGUAAUAACCUAAUGGAAUAGAUACCCUUUUCUGCUGAAAUAAAAAUUGAACAUUUGGGAGGUGGAUCUAAUUGCUGAAAAUUAACAGUGCUCCUGCUCAUGUUGUGAAAGCCUAGUAGCCAGGCUAAGAUAUUCCAUUUAUAUAAGUAUCACAGCCAAUAUAACUGAUCUCUACUCUGGUGAGACUUCAAAGGAAAAGACACUAAAUUAAGAUAAUUAUUAAGUACAGAAUAAUCAAUAUGGUGCAGUCCAUUUUUUCUUAGGGAGGCAAACAUGUUGAAAGGGGUAGAAAGGAAACUUGUUGGUAUGGUCUAACUUUGGAUUCUAGUACAGGUUCAGAAAUCAAACUGUUCUGCUGGCUUGGGCUACUCAUUUAAUUUCUCCAUGCCUUAGUUUUGUAGUAGUAGAAGUAGCAAUAAAGGAGCUGUAAGGCUAUAAUUAGUUGAUUGGUGCUUGGAGGUCCUCAGUCUAAGGAAUGUAAUAAACACUGAUGAAUCUUGUUUGUGACCACAGUUGGAACUGGGGCUAAAGCAAAUGCUCUUAAGUUCAGAAGAUCUCGAUCAAAGAUUUUUCCCUGUAUUUUAUCGUCAUGCCAUGUGAAUCAGUAAAUUAGAAUCCCAAAUCCAAAUGUUGAAGUUGUCAUUCUGAUUUGGACUUUGACUGUUUGGUCUGUUUCUGACCACAGCUAAAUACGUUCCCAAAGUUAAUAAAAUAAUAAUAAUUAAAAAAACAAAUAUUCAAAUUUCAUUUAAAGAAUGAUGCUGUUGCUUAUAAUGCUAAUCUUAUAAUCCAAAAUCAUAUAGGUUAAGACAUGAUUAAUUGAGGAAAAUAGGCAUAAAAGAGCACUUCUGGAGUACUUGUUAUUGUCCAAAAUAUCUCUGAAAUUCUGAUGACUAAGUACAGUCUGCUUAUCUCUAUUUGAAACAGUUCUUUACAGAUUCAUUAUUUCUAAAGGUCUUCUUUCCAUUUCUAUAUAGAUAUUGUCCCUUCACAUUUUGAAGGUUUGAAGAAGAGGAUUGUUUUUCGAGUCACACUAAGUAAACAUUAAAUGCAUGCAGGCUUAAAACUAAAGCAUGCAUGUUAUGUAGCAGCAAUAAAAAGUGCUCGGCUUGCACGACUUAUGAUGCUCAAGCAUUGCCUUGUUAAAAUGCCAAAAAGAAAAAAAACCUUUUUCUUUGCAUUUUUUUUUUGAAAAGUAAAUCUCUUCCUUUGACCUUGCAAUACUUAAUUUUUCAGGUUUUGGACAAAUGAUAUUUAUUUUACUGAAUACUUUUAUAUUACAGAU